GCAGCCCUCACGUGAUGAACCCCUACGCGGAGCUCGUGAGCCGCCUGCGGGCGUCGUGGCUCGCGGGAAAGACGCGGCCCAUGGAGUUCCGCGUGGCCCAGCUGGAGGCCCUGGGCCGCUUCCUGGAUGAGAAGAAGCAGGACAUCAUGGAGGCCCUGGCCUCUGACAUGCGCAAGCCCUCCUUUGAGGUGGAGAUCUCCGAGAUCUCCAUCUGCAGGAGUGAGCUCAACCAUGCCCUGAACAAUCUGGGCAGCUGGAUGAAGGAUGAACACGUGGAGAAGAACUGGGUGACGCAGCUGGACUCAGCCUUCAUCCGCAAGGACCCCUACGGGGUGGUGCUCAUCAUCGUGCCCUGGAAUUACCCCAUCCACCUCCUCCUGGUACCCCUCAUCGGGGCCAUCGCUGCGGGUAACUGUGUCCUCGUGAAACCUUCCGAGAUCAGCAAACACGUGGAGCAGUUAGUGGUUGAGACGCUGCCGGGCUACUUGGACAAGGACUGCUUUGCAGUGGUGCCAGCUGGCGUGGAGGAGACCACCAAACUGCUGGAGAACAAAUUUGACUACAUCUUCUUCACUGGCAGCUCCUCCGUGGGCAGGAUCGUCAUGAUGGCCGCCGCCAAGCACCUGACCCCGCUGACGCUGGAGCUGGGGGGCAAGAACCCCUGCUACGUGUGUGACACCUGCGAGGUGCACAACGCGGCCAGGCGCGUGGCCUGGGGGCGCUUCUUCAACGCGGGGCAGACCUGCGUGGCGCCCGACUAUGUCCUGUGCAGCCCGGGCAUGCGGGGAAGCCCGAAGGAGUCGCCCGACUUUGCCCGCAUCGUAGGGGACAAGCAGUUCCAGCGCGUGCGGGCGCUGCUGGGCAGCGGGAACGUGGCCAUCGGAGGGCAGACGGAUGAGCAGGAGCGCUACAUCGCGCCCACGGUGCUGGUGGACGUGCGGCCGGAGGACGCCGUCAUGCAGGAGGAGAUCUUCGGGCCCGUGCUGCCCAUCCUCACCGUGGCCAACGAGGACGAGGCCGUCGCCUUCAUCAACGCGCGCGAGCGCCCGCUGGCGCUCUACGUCUUCUCCUCUUCCAAGAAGGGGAGGGCCCUGCGGGCCCCCCGCUCUCCGGGCAGCCCGUGCUACCUGCGCCCGCUCAGCACCGGCACCCCCAGGGAGUCCUACAAGUAUGUGAACGUCCAGGAGCCGGCCAUGGACAUGAAGGCGGUCACCGACCGGGCUGCGCAGACGCUGCUGUGGACGGAGCUCUUCCNAGGCCUGGCCAUGACUCUGAGCUACCUCUUCCGGGAACCUGCCACGAUCAACUACCCCUUUGAGAAGGGCCCGCUGAGCCCGCGCUUCCGCGGCGAGCACGCGCUGCGCCGCUACCCGUCCGGCGAGGAGCGCUGCAUCGCCUGCAAGCUCUGCGAGGCCGUCUGCCCUGCCCAGGCGAUCACCAUCGAGGCGGAGCCGCGGGGGGGUGGGAGCAGCCGCCCGGGGGAGAUCGCGGCCAACAUCCAGGCCGACUACCUGUACCGGUGA